CUCAAGCAUUAGCACCAACAAGCUCUGAGCAUCAUCAGUCUCUGGAAAGCCUUCUGAAUUAGACAAGGGCUGCCUCUCAGCACAGCUACAAAACACUUUAAACCUGACCAGCUAAAUGGAUAAACCUAGCCUGCAUAGCUUUUAAACUGGGGUCUCAUACAGCACAGGAGGCCUCCUUGCUGGAAGAACUGAAAAUCCAGAGGAUGAAUUGCUUUAUCUGGGAAUGGCAAAAGCCAGCACAAUAAGGAAUGCCAGGUAUUCUGAAGAUUUUCUUUUUUUUUUUUUUUUCUCCUCUCUUUUUACAGAGAAGUUGGUUACCUUCGAGAUGGGCUGUAGCUCUUUUGCACAGAUUGCCAAUUACUGCUGAUGGAUCUCUGGUGAAUUACACAAUGAUGCUCAGAGCCUAGAGGCCCUCCCCCACCCCCCUACUGCUUCCACCUCCCUGCCCCCCAUCCCACCCCAGGCUGAAUUUUUUUUUCAUGUACAUAUAUAUAUUUUUUUUGUCUGUCCUCUCCGGGGAAGUUUGUGUGGGGCUACUAGCUCACAUGCGGGAUCAGAAUUAUGUGAAUGACAGCCGCACUGUGUCAUGAAGGUGGUGGUGGUUUCAGCAAGAGAGACCAAAUAAGAAGAACGCUGAGAGAGGGGGGAACCGUUUUGGAUGACAAAGGAUGGGUUUCCAUUUAAUUACGCAGCUGAGAAGCAUGCGUGUGGUGCUAGUGCUACUUCCUACACUGCUGCUUGUUAUGCUCACGGGGGCUCAGAGAGCUUGCCCAAAGAACUGCAGAUGUGAUGGCAAAAUUGUGUACUGUGAGUCUCAUGCUUUUGCAGAUAUUCCUGAGAACAUUUCUGGAGGGUCACAAGGCUUAUCAUUAAGGUUCAACAGCAUUCAGAAACUCAAAUCCAAUCAGUUUGCCAGCCUUAACCAGCUUAUAUGGCUUUAUCUUGACCAUAAUUACAUUAGCUCAGUGGAUGAAGAUGCAUUUCAAGGCAUCCGUAGACUGAAAGAAUUAAUUCUAAGCUCCAACAAAAUUACCUAUCUGCACAAUAAAACAUUUCACCCAGUUCCCAAUCUCCGCAGUCUGGACCUUUCUUACAAUAAGCUUCAGACAUUGCAAUCUGAACAAUUUAAAGGCCUUCGGAAACUCAUCAUUUUGCACUUGAGAUCUAACUCAUUAAAGACUGUACCAAUCAGAGUUUUUCAAGACUGUCGAAAUCUUGACUUUCUGGAUUUGGGUUAUAAUCGUCUUCGAAGUUUGUCGCGAAAUGCUUUUGCUGGCCUUUUGAAGUUAAAAGAGCUCCACUUGGAGCACAAUCAGUUUUCCAAGAUCAACUUUGCUCAUUUUCCACGUCUCUUCAACCUCCGUUCAAUUUACUUACAAUGGAACAGAAUUCGCUCCAUUAGCCAAGGCUUGACAUGGACUUGGAGUUCCUUACACAACUUGGAUUUAUCAGGGAAUGAUAUCCAAGGAAUUGAGCCGGGCACAUUUAAAUGUUUGCCCAAUUUGCAAAAAUUGAAUUUGGAUUCCAACAAGCUUACCAACAUCUCACAGGAAACUGUCAAUGCAUGGAUAUCAUUAAUAUCCAUCACUUUGUCUGGGAAUAUGUGGGAAUGCAGUCGGAGUAUUUGUCCCCUAUUUUAUUGGCUUAAGAAUUUCAAAGGAACUAAGGAAAGCACCAUGAUAUGUGCAGGACCUAAGCACAUCCAAGGUGAAAAGGUCAGUGAUGCAGUGGAAACAUAUAAUAUCUGCUCUGAAGUCCAGGUGGUCAACACAGAAAAAUCACACUUGGUCCCCCAAACUCCCCAGAAGCCUCUGAUUAUCCCUAAACCUACAACCUUGAAAUCUGACCCUAGCUGGUCCACCCUUGAAACACCAAGCCCUUCCCCGGGGUUUCAGAUUCCUGGCACAGAGCAAGAGUAUGAGCAUGUUUCAUUCCACAAAAUUAUUGCAGGGAGCGUGGCUCUCUUUCUUUCGGUGGCUAUGAUCCUCUUGGUAAUCUAUGUGUCUUGGAAACGCUACCCAGCCAGCAUGAAACAACUUCAGCAACACUCUCUUAUGAAGAGGCGGCGGAAAAAGACCAGAGAGUCUGAGAGACAAAUGAAUUCCCCUUUACAGGAGUAUUAUGUGGACUACAAGCCUACAAACUCUGAGACCAUGGAUAUAUCGGUUAAUGGAUCUGGGCCCUGCACAUAUACCAUCUCUGGCUCCAGGGAAUGUGAGUUUAUCAUCUCCUCCGGAAGCCAUUGCUAAAAUUCUUAUAUUGUCAAGCCACAAGAUUUAAUUCUUCAUCACUACCACUUCUUUUUAAUUGUGAUUUGAUUAACAUCUUCAAGUUCUAUUUGAAUCUCCCAUAUCCGUGCAAAGGUACCAUAUGACUGUUUCUGUUUGACCUUAUAUCUCAAUGCCUUAUUCCAUACUUUGUAUAGAAGAGGAAUGGCAUAAAAGUUUACUGGAAGAAUAAAUAAGUGCAUUCCCAAAUUUUACUUCUACUUUCUGCCUUCAAAAAUUGGGUCUCUUCUUCGAAAAGUCUCUAUAAAUUUUUGUCUUGAAAAAUUAGCAAGUUUCUUUCAUAAUUUAAAGUUCAAACUAUAUAAUAUAGAUUUGAUGUAGCUCAUUUGUAAUAAUUUUUCUAAUUGACUUUUUAUUAAUAUAUCAUCUUAUUAUGUCUAUGUUCAAAAUGACAAAAUACAUAAGGACAAAAACAAGAAAAAUACGCAUGUAUAACUUGGUUUACUAUUUUCCUAGCAUUUUUGUAUAUUUUUGUAACAAACAUGAAGUUAAUAAAAGCAAACUGUUUAUAAUCUGCCAGUUGAGCAUAUUAAGCAUCCACCUGCAGCAUAGUUUUAGUUGGUGCAUAGUACUAUAUAUUGAUUUACUAUAUAUGUGGGUUAUAGUUUUAUUCCAGUGACUUUUGCAAAAUGUUUGGAAUAAACAAACUUAAGAUGACCACUUUUGAACUUAUAUCUUUCUAAAUAUAUUUAAUAUUUAUAAUUUUAUAUUAAUAUUCCCAUCCAUCUUAUCCAAAAUUUAAAAAAAAAAUGAUGGUGAUCUGUUGCAAUUUAGAUCAAAGACAUUCUGUUGUUUUUUUUAAGAUUCAUCAUUUUCAUUACUAAUGACAUACUGUAAUACCUUACAUUUGUUUGACAUUUCUAUAUUUUACUUUCUUUAUUUUAUGUUCACUUGCUUUGCCAAUUUUUAUUGACUUCUAUAGGUUUUAAAUUAAUUUAUUCAUCUUUCAGCUUUUAUAAAUAUCACAGAUGUUUUCCUCAGCAAUUUUUAUUCAUCUUUUAAUUA